AUGUGGAACGACAGCAUUCUGCUCGAGCAUGCUGAAGCGGUGAUCUGUAGCCGCCCACAGACGCGGUUUUACCGACGUCCUGUGCUCUAUAUUAUCGACUCGUACGGGUGCCAUGUCGUUCCUCGUCUCGGCCAGGCGCGGUGUCUAGAAAAAAAAAAUCGGAAAGCAGUCAUAUACUUGGCCCCAAAUAUGUACCUAAAUGUUUUGGAGACAAUUCAUUAUUUGGGACAUUUGGGGCGAUUUGGGCACAUAUUUGGGAUGCAUUAUCAGCUUCCGCCAUGUCAACAUGUUCAACCAAAACCUUUUGCAACGGUACAACAUUUUUGCCUCGAUUGGGUUAACACUCAAGAUGCUGACACAAUAAGUAAGGCGUUUCGUGUUUGCGGACUCACGGUCCACCGGACAUUCGACAUGGAAGGACUGCACCCUUCCCUGCGCGACCUACUCAACUCGAGCAUUCAGCUGGACGAAUGGUAUCAGAAGUACGAGAAUCUUCGCGAUGAAGACGAUGGUGAUGACCGCGAGGAAAUAUGCAUCAACCCCCCUCACUGGUACAUUCCUAGCGACAUCCCCGCAAGUCUGUUCUUGUGUCUCUACUUCAGUCUGGCCAGUGCUGUUUACGAUUACAAGACCGUGCUGACCGAGUUCAUGACGACGUUGGAAGACCUCGCAGGACUUCUCGAUGACGACUACCUUGACGCAAUCAGAGAUGGUAGGCAAGCGAUUUGGGAGCUGGAACUGUUUGCAGCCUUAAGGUUCCAUAGCUGCAAUAUCGAUCUCAAGACCCUCAACUACAACUGCAGGGUAAUCUCGACGUGUACCUACACCGUUCCUGACGCUGCACGAACUAUCAACAUGGCCAGGAUCGGACUAAUGUGUGUGUUAAAAGUAGAUGGAAUGCAGGUAUCGCUCUGA